AUUUGCGCGGCCUAAGGCAUUUCUGCGCUUCUUUUUCUAUCGGGCGUCCAGUCACCGUGACGUGGUUCCUGAUUCCUCAGUGCCUGUUACUGUUGCUAUUAUACAUUCUAUUGCACUGCAGAUCGACCCCCACCGCACCUGCACCAGCACCAGCACAGCACAGCCCGUCGCGGAUUGCUCUCCUCCCGCCGCCGGACUGGAUUAUUCCGGACGGGCAAUCAUUCAUGCAUCCGCCCAUUUGCCCUGCUGCCUCUGUUUGCACCUGUUCCUGCCUUUGUUCGUCUCCCUGCUCUGAACCCAUCAAUCACAACUCGCAGCCACAUGCCGACACGCGCGCGUGUGUGUAUGUAGUACUGCUAUUGCUCUAGGUCGCCGCCACUUUGUUCGUCGCCGAUUCGCCGGAGCCCAACAGGGUGGCUUUUGCUGUUGUGCGGUCUGAGGCGAACGUACGUGAUGCCUGCCGCCUGCCGCUAAUGCCUUUUUCUAGGUUAUCUGAGGCGCAGAGCUCAGGGUGAAAGAAGAAUCUAGUGAAAGUGGAAGGAUCCGCGCACGGGCUCCGUCCGAAGAUGCUGCCCUACUUUGAUCCGGAGUACGAGAACUUCAACCAGCGCAUCAACCCCCCAAGGGUUUGCAUCGACAACACCACAUGCAGCGACUGCACCUUGGUGAAGGUUGACAGCAUGAACAAGAAUGGCAUUCUGCUGGAGGUGCUGCAGGUCCUGAGCGAUCUGGACCUUCACAUCUUCAAAGCCUACAUCACCUCUGAUGGUGGGUGGUUCAUGGAUGUGUUCCAUGUCGUUGAUAAGCAAGGGCAGAAGAUCACUGAUGACAAGACCAUCAAGUACAUUGAGAAGGCUUUAGGUCCGGAGAGCAAUUUGCUGGGCGCAAAGGGCAGCAACUCAGCGGGGAGGUCGGUGGGGCUGCACUCCAUCGGCGACCACACCGCCAUCGAGCUCAAGGGGCCCGACAGGAGGGGCCUCCUCUCGGAGAUCUUCGCGGUCCUCGCCGACCUCCAGUGCAACGUGCUGGCCGCCGAGGUGUGGACGCACCGCAUGCGCGUGGCCUGCGUCGUGUACGUGAACGACGUGGCCACGGGGCAGGCCAUCGACGACCCGGACCGCGUGGCCCGGGUCGAGGACCGGCUGCGCCACGUGCUCCGCGGGUACGGCGGCGGCGGCGGCGCGGGGGACGACGACGACGGCAGCGGCGCGCACGCCAACUUCGCGGCCGCCUCUUCGACGCCGCACCACGUGGACCGGCGGCUGCACCAGCUCAUGCACGCCGACGUGGACGCCGUCCACGGCGACGGCGCGCACGCGGCGGCCGGCGGCGAGGGCGACCGGCCGGCCGUGACGGUGGAGCACUGCGAGGAGAAGUCCUACUCCGUGGUGAACGUCAAGUGCAAGGACCGGUCCAAGCUGCUGUUCGACAUCGUGUGCACGCUCACGGACAUGGAGUACGUCGUGUUCCAUGCCGCCGUGUCGUCCGAAGCCAACUACGGCAUCCAGGAGCUGUACAUCCGCCGCAAGGACGGCAAAACGCUUCUGAAAGACGAAGCAGAGAAGGUGAUCAGGUGCCUGGAAGCAGCCAUCUCCAGAAGAGUAUCCGAGGGAUUCACGCUGGAGGUGUGCGGCCGGGACCGGGUGGGCUUGCUGUCGGACGUGACGAGGGUGCUCCGGGAGCACGGGCUCACGGUGAGCCGCGCCGACGUGACGACGGCGGGCGGGCAGGCCACAAACGUCUUCUACGUCCGGAACCCCUCGGGCCAGCCAGUGGACAUGAAGACCGUCGAGGGGCUCAGGGGCCAGUUUGGCCAGACCGCCAUGCUCAACGUCAAGAGCGUGGGCGUGCCUGCUGCGGUGGCCAAAGCGGCGGAGCCAAGCUCCGGCAGCAUGGUCAGGAGCAGCUUCUUCUCCUUCGGCAGCCUCUUCGCGAAGCUCCGGGCCUGACAACUGGUCAGGCGAUUCGAACUCCAGCUGUGUGUAGAAGAAAUGAACUCAGAACUAGGGUAGUGGACUAGCGGGGGUGGGCGGGGGAGAGAAACAGGGAGCAACUGUAUCUCUAUGUGGCAGCUGUGGUUGUUGUACAGUUCAUAAGGAGCCUCUACCAGAAGAAUGGUAGUUCUGUGGAAUGCAGGCUGCGGACUGCUUGUUAAGGUAAGGGUUUAUCCCAUCUGCGCAGAAUUUAAAAAAAAAACAUCGAUCCUGUCAUCUGUCGAAACUGUCUCUGAUUGUUCAGCCCCACACAACAUUCCAGCAUUUGCCUCUGCGUCACUGCAUGACUUGUAACUUCAUCCAACCAUUCUCUAAUGGCUAAUGCUAAAAAGUCUUAGUAAUGAGAGCAA